AUGAUGUUGAACUUGUUCCACGUGACGGUCGUUUGUACACCGAAAUUCUUCUUUCAAUUUACUAUGAAAACAGAAAUGGAAUCAAGUCCAUUUCUUACCAUAGCUGUUGAUGAUUCUUUUAUAUGCACUAUUUAUUUAAUAGAAAGAAUUACAAAUGGAGCACACAAAGUUGGAAAUAAUUCAUCAUUAUUUUAUUAA